AUGAAUCCAGUUUCAAUGAAGUUUUCUACUGUGAUGUUUGUUGCUCUAUCUUCUCUUGUUUCUGCCAACCUUUUCUGGAAUAGUGAAAGUACUACUGGAUCAUCAGGAAGUGGCUCUGGAUUCCUUGGACUUGGGGGAUCUGAGGAUAGUAAGAAUGCUCCAUCCUCCAAUUCAAGUUCAUUGGGUGAAGGUACGACUGAAGAAAAUGUUAAAGAUAAGGUAAGUGGUUCCUCCUCUUCUGAAUUCAUGGGUAAAGAAAGUAGCAACUCAUCAGGUUUAUUUGGUGGAAGUAGCAGCAAUUCUACUACAAGUAAAAGUAGCCUAGCAGAAGAAUCAUCAUGUAGUGGUUGCGAUGAAGAAGAUAAGACAAAUCCCGGUAGCGGAAACACUUCAGGGUUCUGGGGAAAAAGCAAAGAUGAUGAGUGA